GCGCGCGCGCAUGUGCGGUGUGUGUGUGUGCGUGUGCGUGUGUGUAUGUGCGUGUGCGGUGUGUGCUAACAAUUGCAAUAGAGUUGGUUUCCAACCCAUCUAUCAUCUUCAUGGACGAACCAACAUCUGGUCUUGAUGCUAGAGCUGCUGCUAUUGUCAUGCGUACUGUAAGGAAUGCAGUGGACACAGGCAGAACGAUCAUCUGCACAAUUCAUCAACCGAGCAUAGAUACAUUUGAAUCUUUUGAUGAAUUGCUUCUGCUGAAGAGAGGCGGGUGGAUCAUUUAUGCUGGACCACUUGGUCGCAAUUCUCAUAAGUUGAUAGAAUAUUUUGAAGCUAUUCCUGGAGUUCCUAAGGUUAAAGAUGGGUGCAAUCCAGCUACCUGGAUGUUGGAUGUCAGCACUCCAGCAGUUGAGGUUCAACUUGGAGUUGAGUUUGCAGAUAUAUAUAUGCUAAAUCAACCCUUUAUCUGUAAGAGUAAUCAAGAACUUAUAAAAGAACUCAGUUCCCCGUCACCAGGUUCCAAGGACCUCUAUUUCCCUGCCAAGCACUCCCAACCAUUUCUUAAUCAGUGCAAAGCUUGUUUCUGGAAGCAGCAUUGUUCUUACUGGAAGAACCCACAAUAUAAUGCCAUCCGAUACUGCUGGGCUAUUGUGAUUGGUGUUACACUUGGUACAGUUUUCUGGAAUAAGGGACAGAAGAUUGAAAAGCAACAAGAUCUUCGUAAUCUUAUGGGAGCUAUCUAUUGUACUGUGAUCUUCAUUGGAGCCACCAACACUUAUUCCGUACAAGGUGUUGUUGCAAUGGAGAAAACAGUGUUCUAUCGUGAAAGGGCAGCUAUGAUGUAUUCAGCACUACCUUAUGCAUUUGCUCAGGUGGCCAUAGAGAUAAUAUAUAUUGCAGUCCAAACUGUAGUUUACAGCCUUGUAUUUUAUCCAAUGAUUGGGUUCAAAUGGACUGUUGGGAAAUUCUUUUGGUUCUUCUACUUCAGUUUCAUGAGCUUCGCCUACUGCACUUUGUAUGGAUUGAUGGUUGUCGCACUGACUCCAGGUUCCCAUUUCAGUGCUAUUCUGUCAUCUUACUUCUUCAGCAUUUGGAACUUGUUCUCAGGUUUCCUCAUUCCUAGGACGCAAAUUCCAAUCUGGUGGAGGUGGUGUUACUGGGGAUCUCCUGUGGCUUGGACAAUAUAUGGGCUUACGACCUCUCAGCUUGGCGAUAUAACUUCUGAAAUUGAGGUGCCUGGAGUUGGUGCUAUAAGGGUGGAGGCUUAUCUUAAACAAAUCUUGUGUUUAGACCAUGACUUCCUUCCAGUUCUUGCUGUUAUGCAUUUAGUAUUUGUUCUUCUCUGUGCGCUCCUCUUUGCAUUGGCUAUUAAGCAUUUGAACUUCCAAACAAGAUGAAGAGCUUAUAGCCAUCACAACAGACCAUGACCCCUAGCCUCGGUUUUGUCCUAGUUAGCUUCAUUGUUUUUUCCUCGGAGUCAUGUUACUAGUGAGAAAGGGUGGAAUAAGUUAGUGCCCCUUUCUUGCCAAAACCCUCUCCUUUUCUCCAGUCUCAUAACCGCACACACAACAUAAAGUUUAUUUGAGAAGUUGGGUGUAUG